AUGCAAGUCGCCCUUGUCACAGGUACAGUUGGGUACGGUGCAAGUGUUACUGGUGUUAUCAGGACGGGCGCGAGAGGCGGGCGUAGGGCGGGCGGGGGACAGGGCUCCAUACGAGGCAAGCAAAGCCUCCGCGACAUUCGCGCGUCUGCCACCGUCGCGCAUCCACGCCCGCGCUCGGUACGCCCAUGUUACGUAACGCUAUUUACUCCGACAUCUGUUGAGUGCGACGGCCACUGCUCGCGCGGCACGCUUGCUCCACCGCUGACCAUACGCGCGCACGUCAUGUCUCUCACCGUGAACACCCCAAACCGACGCGACGCCGGUGCGACAUUCGACCAUCCGACCGGCGACACU